CUGCUGGUCAGAGCCGGUGACGCACCAUUUCCCACAAUGCUACUGCCGCACCAGCCCGGAAGUAAGACGUUUAUUGACAAUAUGGCCGCGGAACUGGGUUUGGAUUUGGGGGAAAUUUAGUUUUGACAGCAGUCGCCGGUGCUGCGUGAACAUCCCGUUUCCACCUCAGGAGUGAGCGGGACAGAUGCAUUUGAAUGAAGGGACCCGCGGACCCACGGGACGCUGUCAGUGAGCUGAGGAAACGUCCAGAGUGUCAAACCCGUCAUGUCGUUUUUCAAGAGGAAAGCCAAAAGCAAAGAACCUGAGAGAGGGACAGAUGCUAAAGUCAACAGAGCUCCAGCCAGCCCUCACUCUCCAUCACUUGGACUGAGGAACCAUAAUGCCAUCCAGGAGGCUGCCGGGCCGAGCCAUGUGGCCAUCAACGCCAUCUCCGCCAACAUGGACUCGUUUGCCCGCGGCCGCACCGCCAUCCUCAAGAAACAGCCGAGCCACAUGGAGGCUGCACACUUUGGAGAUCUCGGUCAUUCCAGUGUGAACUAUCAGCCUCAGGAGACCCGCUCUCGGCUGUCCAAGACGGUGGACCAUGUCCUCCGGGACAAUAUCGCGAUACCCCAUUAUAUGCAUUUCAUGGAGCGACGGGGCGCCGACCACCUGGUUCGGUUCUGGCUGGAGGCCGAGAGUUUUCGCUCCACCAGCUGGUCGCGGGUCCGAGCGCACAGCCUGAACUCUGUCAAACACAGCUCGUUGGCCGAGCCCGUCCCCGCCUCCUCGGAUGGCUCGGAGCUCCGGGAGCUCGGACGGUACACUCCCAGCACCCUCUCCAGGGACAGUAGCAUCGAGGGCCCCGCGGUGCAGACGGAGCAGCGGGACCCCUCCAGCACAGAAGCGGGCCUGAGACCCGGCACUCCUCGAGCAGACACUCCCAGCAGGCAGGCGCCCUCCAGGACUGGGACGCCUGUCAAGGGGCAGUCCAGCAGCACCCUGCGAGACCUCUCGGACAAGCUCAUGAAGAGUAUAGAGAAAGAUGCGGUGACCAUCUUCACUAAGUACAUCUCUCCAGAUGCUGCGAGGCCGAUCCCCAUCACAGAGCAGAUCAGAAACGACAUAGUUGCUAAGAUAUGUGGAGAGGACGGCAUGGUGGACCCAAACUGCUUUGUCAUCGCGCAGUCGGUCGUCUUCUGCAUCUUGGAGCAACAGCACUUUAGUGAAUUCCUGCGGAGCCAUCAUUUCUGUAAAUACCAGAUUGAAGUGUUGACGAGCGGCUCUGUGUUCCUGGCUGACAUCUUGUUCUGUGAGUCAGCGCUCUUCUACUUCUCUGAGUACAUGGAAAAGGAGGAGGCGAUGAAUGUACUGCAGUUCUGGUUGGCAGCAGACAACUUCCAGAACCAGCUCGCAGCUAAAAAGGGCCAGUAUGACGGCCAGGAGGCUCAGAACGAUGCCAUGAUCCUCUACGACAAGUAUUUCUCACUCCAGGCCACCAACCCUCUGGGCUUUGGCGACUCCGUGCGGAUGGAGAUCGAGUCGAACAUCUGCCGAGAGGGCGGGCCACUCCCCGACUGUUUCACCACUCCGCUCAGACAGGCCUGGACGACCAUGGAGAAGGUCUACAUGCCGGGCUUCCUGUCCAGCAACCUUUACUACAAAUACCUGAGUGACCUCAUCAACUCGGUGCGGGCAGAUGAGUUUGUGAAUGUCAGCGCUCCGGGUCAGGGCGGGCCCGUGGACAACGACCGGUCCAGUUCAAAUGCCAGCGAGGGCUCGCAGACGCAGCAGGGCGCCAAAAGGGCAGCGAUCAAGAUCCUGAAAAACUUUGACGAGGCGAUCACGGUGGACGUCGCCAGCCUCGACCCGGAGUCUUUGUACCAGCGGCCGUAUGCUGGAAGGAUGACGUUCGGGAAGGUGAAUGAGAUGGGCCAGUUUAUCAGGGAGGCAGAGCCGGAGCCCGACGUGAAGAAAUCCAAAGGUUCCAUGUUUUCUCAAGCCAUGAAGAAAUGGGUGCAAGGCAACUCUGACGAGGCUCAGGAGGAGAUGGCGUGGCAGAUCGCCAAGAUGAUUGUCAAUGACGUCGUCCACCAGUCAAACCACGACAGCCCGGGCAAGUCCACCAAGUUAUGACCCCGCUGAGGAGGAACCAAAGGACUGUCGCUCCCUGCGGACGCUGGCCGAGCCCGUGACGAGCUGAUCGCGGACCGUAAUCACCUCACAACAAACUGAGUUACUCUUAGAGCGAACAAGGCAUUUUAUCACCUCCCCAACCGCAGUGUGUAAGUGUGUGUGUGUGUGUGAGAGAGAGAGAGAGAGAGUCGGUGAGUGAUUGUUCACCUGUACGUCAUGGUUCCAAUCUUCCAACUCCAUAACACUAUAAAGGUGCGCGUGUAGUCUGUCAACGUAAAAGCCAAGCGCUCACAUCCGGCUGGAGGAAGUCACUCCUGGUGCAGGAAGCGUUCUACAUGAUGCUGGAGGAAAAGAAACGGCUGCGUCGCUGUCGCCGCACUGUCUGGAUAACGCCUCACCUGCGGAGGAUGUGACAAAGACCGAACAACCUUCGCUCCCUCAUGACGCGCCUCCCCACACCUUUUAUAACCAUUCCUUUGUUUCUAGACGAGCGUCUCUCUCUUAAGGGUCGGCCGCUCGAGGCUUAAAGCAGAUGUACAGUUUUUUGCAAAACGACGCUUCCCCUCAGCCUGCCUGGAGUAGUUUUGUCUGAUGUGGCCGUUUGACGUACUGUAGAGCGCCUGGAAACGUGACAAUGAAACGGAGGGAGAGUUGAUUCAGUUCUCGGACUGGCUGACCUGCUAUAUGAACCUCCUGGCACCUUUACAGAGCGUAGAAGAAGAAAAAACUCUCCUAAUGAACUUAAGAGCUCCAGUUGUGUUGGAAAACUCCAAACUCCAUGUCGUAAAUGUUCUAUAUAUAUAAAUAUAUAUGUAGAUUUCUGGUUUACCCCAUAUGAUAAUGUUAGUCUCAUUUUUUUAUGGUGAUCGCUGUUUGUUUUUGUUUUUUUUUUAAAUGCAUCGCUGACACAAACUUCAGUGAUGAUCAGACUGUUCAACUGGAAAAUGUGCUCAGUAAAUUAAACCUUCUUUUUUAAAAUUUUAUUUGUUUUGAGCCUUACCAAGAUGUGGAACAGAACCAGAAGAGACUCUUGGUACUAUGUACCACUAAUGUUUUCUGACAUGUAUGUGUACUUAAUCUAUAAUAUAUUUAAAUUGUGUUUGAUUUAAAUACAUAUAUUAUGAAAUGUU